AUGUUCAUGCGUCUUCUUCUCUCUCCAGGUCAGUUCCUGUGGGUGAACAGCACAGCGCUGGGGGGUCUCUGGGUGAUCAGCCCCUGGUUGUGGGGGGGUCAGGGGCAGUGCAGCCUGGACAUGGCCGUGUACCUCCAUCCCCGGCAGAGCGGACACUACACCAUCCGCCUGAUUGAGAGGGACAAGGCUCCCCUGGUGCUCUUCUCCACCGACACGCUCCCUCGCAUCACAGGUCCGCGGCUGCAGCCCGCCCACGCCAUCUCCGCUGCUUCCCAAUCUGCAAACCGCCAAACUCCCCAAGCUCUGCUCCAAGGGGAGACUUCUAGCAGUGUUAAAAAGUGA